AUGGCCUUCGAUGCUUACUCCCAGCCGAUGCCCGGGACCCGGGAGAUCCGGCUGGGCUCUGCCCGCUUCUUCGCCUUCGUGGGGCCGCGGCUGGGCGCCGAGCACCUGGUGAUUUGGCGCCGUGUGGCCGACGUGCAGGCGAAGGCGGAUGAGUACCAGGCCUCUGCGCAGACAGGCGUGGGCAGCGACCUCGACCUUUUGCGGGGCGCGAGCAUCCGCCUGACAAAGUGCUCUGACAAGGAGCAGCUCACUGCGGCGGUUUGGAGAUGGGAGAAAUUGGACGAGCGGGACCCGAACCGGUACUGGGAGGUGGGUGGAGACUCCUGGAUGUACUGGGAGAGCUUUUGGGUCCCGGCGGAGGACGCGGCCCUUGCCACGGACAGCCCGGCCUUCGGGGACAGCAAAGGCGCUAUGCUGCAGCCCAGCCUCUCUUCCGAGGCCGCGCCAGCCAUCUCUGAUGGCAUGAGCGUCCUGCAUCAGGACCUGGGCCCUGAAGAUGAGCAGGAGCGCUUGACCCGGGCUGCGAUGAAGGACAGGGCAUACUCCAUCGUUUACGAGUACAAUGUCUGGGGGAGCGACGUGUCCAGGUCGGGCACCGGCUCGGACCUCUGGAGCCCGGAGGCGCGGCUGGCGGUGACGGCGCUGGAGGCCGUGGUGGAUGCUUUCGGCAUCACCUCCAUGCUGGAUUGCGCCUGCGGUGAUGCCACCUGGAUGGUGCCUUUCUUCGUGGCGCGGCAGAAGGAGCUCCAGUACCUGGGCGUGGACGUGGUGUCCGAGGUGAUCGAGCGCAACAAGCAGCGGCAUCCGGGGGUUCAGUUCCUGGCGCAGGACCUGUCCGAGAUCCCGCUGCCCACGGGCGCGGAGCUGAUCUUCUCCAAGGAAACGCUGAACCACAUGCACCUCAUCGACGCCCAGCGCGCGCUGCAGCGCUUCGCGGCCACCGGCGCGAGGUUUCUGCUCACCAACGUACACGAGGGCGCGGAGAACUUCCUGGGUGCCGAGAAGACGUGCCACACGACAUACAUCAAGUAUGACUACGAGCUUCCUCCCUUCUCUUUGCGGAAGGUUGUUCGGGUGGUUGAGUACCAGGGCUUGCAGACGUGCUUCGCACUCUUCGAGCUGAACAACUGA